GUAUUUUAAUUGCUAAGAAAAAACUUUUUACUAAUGAAGUUCCAUCGAAUGUUGGAGGUGGUACAGUUAAUUUUGUAACUCGAGAGCAAGUUGAAUAUGUACAAGAUAUUGAAGCACGUGAAGAAGGUGGAACACCGAAUAUUCUUGGUGCUAUUCGAGCUGGUUUAGUUUUUCAUUUAAAAGAAUCUGUUGGUUACCAUACAAUUGAUGCACGUGAAGAUGCAUUAGUUGCAAAAUUCUUUGAACGAUUUCGAAAUCAUCAAACAUUAUUUGUACUUGGAUCAACAACUGCUUCCAGACUAGGAAUAUUUUCAUUUCUUAUUUAUGUGCCAUUUUUUCAUAAAUAUUUACAUCAUAAUUUUAUUUGUGCAUUAUUAAAUGAUUUAUUUGGUAUUCAAGUACGAUCAGGAUGUUCUUGUGCUGGACCUUACGUUUUGGAUCUACUUAAUAUUGAUGAUCAAACAGCAGACAUUUAUACAAAAUUUAUUACGACAGAUGAAGAAGGAUCUAAUGGAAUAUCUAAAAUUGAAUUGAUGAAACCUGGUUUUACCCGAUUUAAUUUAUCAUAUUUUGCAAGCGAUGAAGAAGUUGAUUAUAUUUUAAACGCAGUUGAAUUUAUUGCAAAUGACGGAUGGAAAUUUUUAUCAUUGUAUACUUAUGAUGUAAAAACGGCUGUUUGGCGCCCUCGUACUAUAUCAUCAGGAAAUCAUUUUUAUCAAUAUCAUAGUCUUCAAACGAUUACAUAUCAAAAUGGUACAAUGGAAGAGAAUAUUAAAUCACAGCAAAAAAUGGAACUUUUUAAUUCAAAUGUUCCUCGGUUAAUCACAAAUUCACCUUCAGAUAAGGAUCCAAUCGAAGAAGCUAAAUCAAUGGCAAAGAAUAUACCAAAAUAUGUUUAUGAAAAUGUCGAUUUUCGAACUGAUCCACCACUGAAUGUUCCAGAUGAAUAUAAAGAUUUUAUUUGGUUUGUCACACCUAAAAACAUUAUCCUAAACAUAGUCUUCGAUUAUGAACAAAGUCAAAAAAAUUAUUCUAAACCAGAACCAUUCCGUCCAAAAAUGGAUAAUUGA